UCAGACUCUUCUCGGUUUACGUGGGUCGGGCAGUGUUCUAGAGGAAGGGUCCAGGGUCAGAGUCCGGCGGCCGCACAGGUUCCCCUCUUCGGUCCGGGGCACGAGGGGCGCGGGUUCUUCUAGAGGCCGCAUCCUUCUCAUUGGCCACGGCGCUUGCAGGGGACGGACAGCCCGGCAUCCUGCCCCAUCGGCCGUGUAAACGGGUGCGGUUCUCGCCCGGAUCGUGGCUUCGGCAGCUCACGUCUCUGGUGGCGCAGGAGUCCCUCAACGCACUAGUGAUGUCCGAUUCAUGAAAAAAUCGUCAAAUUUAACCGGUUCUUCUUAGAUAACCAGUUGAACCUGUUGGACUCUAUAGCCUCUUUCACACAGCAAUACCAGUAAAUUUCUGUAAGAUUACCGGAACGACUUUACAGGUAAAUUCAAAAAUGCGUUGUUCACACAGUCAACGACAUUCCGUCUUUUUCCGGAAAAGCACCAUUCACACCAUUCAAAAAUACCGGUAAAUUAUGUGACGUCAUUAGUCUCUAAACAGCUGUGCUUGUAAGGUUAUUUGUAAACAUGGAGGGUAAUACGCGAUCAAUGUUUCUGUUGUUGGUUUCAUUUUUGUUACAAACUUUCGCAUUUAUGCAGCUGCUUUUGACAGAGAGACAACGUGAUAGACGACUACAAACAAAAAUACUUAAUUAUAGGAGAAAAAAUGUUGUCGCUUGCAUCCGAAGGCAGAGGCGAUACCUGCAGCUAAAAAAAAAAACAAUGUUUACUCAUAUGGCUACACAGAGGUCUGUGCGACGGACAUGGGCCAUUCCGCGUAUACAUGGGAAAGUGUUUUGAACAAUUUUGAUGAAGAUAUGUGGACGGAACACUUUCGCAUGUUGAGAGAUACGUUUGAGUAUGUGCUGCAGCUUGUGAGACCCUUGCUACGAAAAACUACUGGCUGGCGAAAACCGCUGGAACCCCGACUGAGACUCGCAGUUGUGUUGUGGUGGUACGCUACCCCAAGUGAAUACAGGACCAUAUCCUGUUUAUUUGGCCUUGGAAUAUCAACAGUCUGCAUGCUUGUUCGUCAGGUAACAUACUGUAUGCUCUGAAGGCGACCCUUUGCAAGCGGUUUAUAUGCAUGCCUCAAGGCCAGCGUCUCCAAAAAACCAUUGAUGGUUUUGUUGCCCGUGGCUACAAGAUGUGUGCAGGUGCCAUUGAUGGAUGCCACAUACCAAUAAUAAAACCUCAUGAGGACCAGGCUUACUGCAACCAUAAAGGAUGGCACUCUAUUGUGUUGCAGGCCUUUGUGGAUCACAAUGUAUGCUUUACGGAUGUGUAUGUGGGUUGGCCUGGUCGAACUCAUGAUGCAAGAGUGCUAGCCAACUCUCCCAUAUACCAAAUGGCCGAGGCACAGGAUGGGUAUUUGUUUCCUCGUGAGAAAUCUAUGGUGGUGAAUGGAGAGGAGGUUCCCAUCCAUCUUAUUGGAGAUGCGACAUACCCCCUUAAAAAAUGGCUAAUGAAAGGGUUCCCAAAUCACCAAAAUCUGACACUCAACCAGUCUCACUACAAUUUCUGCUUGAGUUCAGCUCGAAUGGUCGUAGAAAAUGCCUUCGGUCGCCUCAAAGGUCUCUGGAGAUGUUUACUGAAGCGCAAUGAUGUCGACAUAAAUAUCGUGUCUGAUAUAGUUGUAGCUUGUUACUGACCGAGAGAACAACAGAGUAACUUAUGACGUGCAAGCAGUUCGGAGGGCAUUGGCAACACUGAUGAGUUAAAGGAAUAGUUAACCCAAAAACUAUUUACUCAACGUCAUGUAAUUGUAAACCUGCAUGAAGUUCUUCUUUCUACUUCUGUAGCAAGAAAAAUAUAAUAUGGAAGUCAAAGGUGCCCAACAGCUGUUUGGUUACCAACAUUAUUCAAAAUAGCUUACUUUGGUUCAGCAGAAGGAAGAACUUCAUGCAGGUUUACAAUUACAUGAGGGUGAGUAAAUGAUGAAUGAAAUAUAAAUAUGACUGUACAUUUUUCCAUUUGAUAACAACUUCCUUUUCAGGGGAAUUUCUUAAGGGGACAGUUUAUUUUUGCCUUAAAAUUGUAUUAACUAGGGUCAAGGCAUAAAACAUAACAUUUUAUUAAUGUAUUAUUGUUUAAAAAAUCAUACAAUUAACAAAUUCAUUUAUAUAAAUACAUUUAAAUAUUAUCAAAACAAAAUAUUAACAUGUAUACUUAUUAAUAUGAACAAAUACUUAUCGUAGUGCACAGAAUACACUUGGUUUGCAAAAACACCAGGAACACUAACACUUGUAAUUCCUAACAUGUACAAUUAAAGCAUAUUUUUUCUAAAAUUUGAAGUGAACUGUUUUAUUUUAUUUUAGUCUAG